GCCAGCCCUCACAUGCUCACAUGCUCAGCCCCACAAAGUGUUCUCUCAUCAGUGUGUAAUUUGGGUGAAGAGGUGAAGAUGUCGUGGAACUGUGGGACCUUCCUGGUGCUCCUUACUGCGCUUGUGGUGAUCUCCUUAUCUCCAGAGGCAGACUGUGCAGCUGUGCCCAACAACAGCCAGACAGCUGCAAAGGAGCCACAAGGGCCGCUGAGGAGGAUCUUCAUGAAAGAGGCAGACGCCUCAAACUUUUUCCGGCGACGCAGCAGGAGAGCGGUCAAGUCGCCCGAUGAGCUCAACGCUGAGCAGAGGCAAGUCUUGGCUGCAGACGAGCGCAGGAGAGAGUUCCACGAGGAGAAAAGGAACGAGUUUGAGAGCUACGUCGAAGAGGUGGACGACGAACAAAAUGAGAGGAGCCGUGAGAGCACAGAGCAGUGGCGGGAGUUCCACUAUGAUGGGAUGCAUCCUGCCUACGAGUACAACCGCCAAACCAUCUGAGGCUGUGGACAAAUUGUUAUUUUACAACAACUACACAAGCAUUACACUCGUAACAUGCAUGUAACCCUUUUAAAACUUUUAUUCUAGUCAAAUAUUCAAAGACACUUGCAAACAAGCCUCUCCUUUUUUCUUUAAUACAUAACAUUUCAGCAUCCGAACAUGCAACACAUGCAUUUGGAGGGGGUGGAGGGAUUCACAGCUUUUGAGUUUUUUUUUUUUUUUUGCCCUAUUUUGGUACUUUGUGAGGGGAAAUUACAACAACAAAAGGAAACAUUCAGGACUCAAGAAGUAAAAUUCUGAGAUUUGUAUUUACAGCAGACAGGCUCAUCUUAUAGUUUACUCACCAUUAACUACACUGUCACAUUUAAAAGUCACAAUCCAUGUGCAAGUGGAGUCUCCUCUUGACCCUGUGUAGAGAUUCAGAGAGAAAAGAGGACAACCAGGGGGAGGAGAAAAGUCUUUCUGCGAAAUUCAACAGGUCUGCAUGAAAGCAAAGAACUACUGACUGAAUGACUGAACUGUACAAUCAACUCAACUUCAACACUCUGUUUCAGUGUGAUUUGUCACUGGAAUACAGUACUUUUUUUUUUUAAUUAUUAUUUUUUUUAAAGGGAAACGUCACAAGAUUCUCAAUGCACAAAAAAAAUCAGGCAGAAAUUUCAGGAUGGACUGAAACUGCACUUGGGUGGAUUUAAUUUGACCUUCUCUAAAAUCCUGUUGAAGAUACAUAAAUGUUAUAUCCAUACUUGUUUGGCCAUAAAAAAAAACAAUCUUUUAAAUUACAAUACUGAUGAUGCUUCCAUUUUAGAGCAUGGUACCAAUCAAACAUUUUAUAUAGGGGUACUUUAAGAAAAUCAGCCUCAGAAGGUGAUUUAGAAAGUACGUAUACACAAUUGUGGACUUAAAACUAGAAAUGACUGUAGUCCUCAAUUUCACUAUUUUUCGUUGUCGGCGCCACACUUACUUUAGCGCAUUUUCUUGCUUUUUGCCACGAUACCCAAAUGCACGCAAACGAUGCCUACAACUUUAAAAUAAAUAUUCCCUUUCCUUCACGUGUUGUGUGUCUGCCCGCUUUAUUUACUUUAAUGAAACCAUGCUCUUAUCGAACACAUUGUUGCUUCCGCUCACCUGUUUUCGCAAGUUUGAGUUGGCACCCUACUUUUUAUUAUAACUUUUAUAGACACCGUCAGCUCGUCGGUGUUAGUGCUGAGGGGAGGGGCUAUUGAACCAAUCGCAACAGCCAGUUGCAACACUACUUUUCAAAGGGAUUUCACUACAGUAGACCAAACUUAACCUACAUUGAUCCAUUUUCAAUAAAUUAGGUUUCAAAAUAUACACCUGAGAUAGUUCAAAUGAGCAUUGCGGCAGCAGGAAACCUACUUCCGCAGGUACACAAUAUUUACUUCCUUGUUUUAUGAAUUCAAAUGUGGCGACACUCUUCAUAGCUUGUCAAAUUUAAAGGAGAUUAUUUUUCACUUCACAGGGACUUUGACAUCAAAAAAGGCAUGGAACUAACCAUUUAAUGUAGAACUGAUUAACAUUUAAUUGAUAGAUCAAAUGCAAUCUCCAACAUUUCAUUCAGAAACUAGACAUUACACAAAACCCAGUUUCAAAUAUAUUGUUUUAAAAAAUAGCCAAUUACAAAUACAAGAUAUUUAAUGUUCAAACUGAUAAAUUAACGUUUUCCUUUUUUGUGUGGGUUGGAGUGGGGAUGGUAAUUUCCUUUCAUUUUGAUUUUGAAACCUGCGAUACGUACCCAAAAAAAAAAAAAAAAAAAAAAAAAAAAAAAAACUCCUAUUAUUUGAAACACUCCACAGGUGAACAGCUUAUUUUGAAAUAGGUGAAUGACUGGCUAUAAAGGGAGUUCCCCCAAAAGAUGAGGUAAGGUUUACGACCUUUUGAGUGUUUAUAAAUGUAUAUCAAUGAAGUUACAGAAUUCAUGAUCUAAGGUCCAUCAUCAUCAAAAGAUUCAGAGUAGCUGGAGAAAUCACUCAAAAGUAAGUGCAAAGGCUAAAAAAAAAAAACAUUGAAUGCCCGUGACCUUUGAUCCCUCAGGCAGCUUUGCAUUUAAUACCAGUAUCAACGUGUUAUAGCUGGACUGACAAAAAAAGGAAACAUCUACUGUGGCCUCACAAGUCCGUUCAUUCUUUGAAAUCAUGAACGUUGAGUCCUCUGGGCCAAAAUAAUUAUCAGCGCACAGUUCACAAGCUAGCUUCUGUGACAGUAUCAGUUUGAACAUUCAUUAUUUUGUCUUUUCAGUGUAUUCAAUUCUAUCAGGAUGAUAAUAUUUGCAAUGCACUGUAUUGAAAUUUUCAAUAUAAUGAUUCGUUAUUAGUUUGGUCUUUGUUUUCUGUCAGAAAAUAGCGGAUGUGUGCACGUUUUAUUUUGGUUCUAUGCAAACAUAAUUAGUUAGGUUUCAUGUUCGACCAUAGAAAUCUGAGAAUAUUCACUGUUGAGAGGCAUAAAUAAGAGGAUUUGGACUAUUUAAACCAAAUUAGCCCUCAAUGUAUUAAGUGAUUAAUUGCGACACCCCUUUUUGAAAGUACUUUCUAUCACACUGCUUUUAAAUAUGGACUACUUGUGUAAUGAAGCUAUCUUUUUGUACUUGAUCUACCUUCUUAUAUUCUAUGUGCCUGUCUGUGGGUUAAAACACUUCAAAAACACAUGUAGUUUGUCCAGUGUUUGUGACGUCCACAUCAUAUGAAAAAUAUGAACAAAAAGAUGGAGAAGGUCAAACUAAUUCCUUUAUCCUGAAAUUUUACCUCAAAAAGCCCACUAUCCUAAAUUCUUGAUAGUUGUGUACGUACACCAUCAACGACAAGCAACUUGAAGGAAGGAAGCAAAUGCUCCUAUUGGCACAUGAGAGUAACAAUCAAUACACAGUGUUGGUUGGAGUGCUGAAGGGAUUUGGGUGUGUUUGGUUCAUUUCAAGCAACAUCCCUGAGAACUCAUGGUUGUCCUCUUGCGAUCAAGGAGGACGUCCCCAUUCAAUGCAGUAGUGUUAGCAUUGAAAGAGAAAAUUCCCCAAUACAUUCGUGCGGUGCACCUGGCGUCAUGGAGUUAACCGAUAUGGAGGGUGAAGGUGCGAUGAUGUCACCAUGAUUGAGCACAGUGCAAAGCUUUAGGAUUUGGCUCCAGGCGGAAUAUUUACACAAGGCAUACAGCGGAGCAUCUGAUUGGACGACGCCGACAGCAGCUUGGAUAAAAAUACAAUUCCCUUUAACACGACUCUUACUGCACUUCCUUACAGCCGUAAUGUGGCUUCAGGAGUAACAUUGAGUGGAAUUUAUCCAUCUCUUUCUCAGCGAGCGAGACUGACCUCCUCAAAUGCCUCCCUAAAAGUUGCAGAUAAACGCAUGGGAGGUGGCGGGUUAGGCGAGCUGGGCGACCACUCAGAAUGACGAGGCCCGGGGGGAGACUUCACCCCAGUCUUAAAGCUCAGUGGUCUCCCAGCUCACCUCCCGCGGAACCUGGCGUCAUUUAGUCCCCGUGUGAAUGACAGUGACAGUGGAGGGGCGAGGCAUCAUCGGCUCAGCCACCAAUUGCGGCUCCUCCUGCAAAGGUGAAGACGCUUCUGAACCCUGAUUGGAAACACUGACCGAGGAUGGCAGGGGGGCCAUUGGAGGACCUGUACGGAAAGAACAAAAUAAAGUACGACCACACACCCCUUUGGUAUCGCAUUCAAAAAUCUGUGCUGACCUCAAAUCCAAAGUGAUGAAAACACUAUCGACACGGAUUUGUUAGGAGACUAUAGUGGUUUACAAAUAGGAUUUUUACAGACAAUUUUAUUGGUUUUUAUUUUAUUUAUUCAAAUGGCAUUGGACGUCCACCAGUGACAAACUAAUUUAAAUUCACAGCAAAAGGAAGAGCCACAUGAUUGGACACCUAGAAUCAUCAAUUGCACUGAAAGAGUUGACCAAAUAAUUUCCAUGGAAAGAUUUCAAUUUGAAAUGUUUCCAAACUUCUUGUAUUCUCUUAAAACAUAUAGUAUUUUGAUAACCCCGACUGAUUACGGACAUAACAGUAUCAUUGCUUCAAUUAUCUGCCAAUAUCCUUUAGUUUUCAGGCUUGUUAGGCUUCCUGCCAUUUUUGCAAUUGAUUUAGCAGUUUUAUCCCUUAAAGCAACACUUGGUAACUUUUCAGUCGAUUUUAGCGACACCAGUGGACAAAAGCGGUAGUGUUUUGCCUUAAGAAGGACUAUGUUUCCCAUUAGGACCAGCGCACACUGGCACAGUGUCGUAAAAUUACCGAUCAAUCAAAAAUCCAUCUCCCUGUAGUCUGCAGAUUGAUUAAACAACAUUUCUGUUCCAGCAGCUGUGUG